CAGCGCAGCACACUUCAUUUUUUCUGAAACUGCAAAAAGGUUGGAUUUGAUGGUGUCCCUAAAUUUGUGGAUCUAAUUGCAGCCAACACACACACAACAAUUUGACCGCACUUGGCCUUGACUUGUCGGUGUGGCAAAGGUAAAAACGAAAAAAAAAAACCAAAACCAGGCGACAAAUACUUAACGCGAAGAGUUGCUGUCUGUUUGUGUGUGUGUGCGUGUGCAAUUUAUUUUUUCAUCCGCGUGGAGCGCAUUGGAAUUAAAAGACAUACACUUUGCAGUUCCACUGUGCGCGUGGCUCGUUGGCCGCAAUCAACAAAAACAAUACAUGAAGUUCCCUAACAACUCAUCUAAGCAACCCCCAAUGCAAUAAGAACAACUUUAGCAACGACGACAACGGCUUGGGUAUCAAAAGUCUUCAUCCGGAACAGUUCCUUUACAUAAUCUGCACAACAUUCACUGCUUACCAAGCAGCUCAACAUAUUCCAAAAAUUAUAAAUUUAUUAUUUAAAAACUUCAACGGCUUAUCAAGGCCGUACAAUUAUGGAUUUAUAUGCCAAGAGUGCCAACACAACCAGCAGCAGCCGCAGCACCACCGCCAAUGCAUCCCAAGAGCAGAUAGUCACCCCCGCCAGCAUCAACAGCAUCGACAACAUCGAUUGCAGCAGUAGCAGCAGCAGCACUGGAGCAGCAUCAGCAGCAGCAGCCACAUCCUCAACCUCAACUCAUCAUUGGCCUUGGAGCAGUGUAUCCACCACGUCGGAUAUGUGUUCAUGUGAUAGUCAAAAAAAUGCAACUUCUGCCACAUUUGCAACUGGCAGCAACAAACGCAAGCGUCGUUCUUCAUCAAAGGAUCCUGAACUUGGUUUUGAGCCACCAUCUGCCAAGCGUCAACAGCGUCAACAGUUUCGCUUUGUGCCAGCCUCGGCUUACGGCAGCGAUCAGAGCAAUCAGUCCUCGGUGUAUACGUCACCGUUGACAGCGACAGCGGCGCUGGCGGCAGCAGUGGCACAGGAUGUGCUUAGCAUACGCAGCUCGCCAGCUGAAGAGCUGUCGGAGGCGCCACACAGUCCGCUGCCCGACAGCCCAGACAGUCCGCCAAGUCCCGAUCGCGGCAACAAGCAACAGCCGGUUGUGGUGCGCUAUGCGGCGGAACAGUCAAAGGCGAAUGAAGUCGACGACGAAGAGGUGCUGGAUGAUAGCAGCGAGGAUUACUCGUUCGAUGAGGACGAGGAGGAUGUCGACGAUGAGGAUGAGCAAAUCAAUUCGUCAAGCUGCUCGCCAGCCUCCUCAACCACCACCACGACCACGGGUUGCAGCCAGAAUGGUGAACGCACUCCGGCCACCGCCACACAGCAACUGCAUGAUCCUAGCAAUGCUGCUAAUCGCACAGUGCUGAAGUUAAAUCAGAUGGACAAUGCCAUGCCCCACAACAACUACAAGUGCAUGUCGCCAGCCAUGGAGUACACGUUGCGUCAAUGCCCACUGCCGGCCUUGUCGUGGGCCAAUGCGGCCGAUGUGUGGAAGAAUAUGUGCUUGCGCGAUGAGCAGGAUUCGCAUUUGCGCAGUAGCAGCAUGCUGGAGCAUCAUCCUGGUCUGCAGCCACGCAUGCGCGCUAUAUUGCUUGACUGGUUGAUUGAGGUGUGCGAGGUGUAUAAGCUACAUCGCGAGACUUUUUAUCUGGCUGUUGAUUACCUCGAUCGCUAUCUGAAUGGCGAGCGUCAGGUGCAGAAGACGCAUCUGCAGCUGAUCGGCAUCACGUGCCUCUUUGUCGCUGCCAAAGUGGAGGAAAUCUAUCCGCCCAAAAUCUGCGAAUUUGCCUAUGUCACCGAUGGUGCCUGCACCGAGCGUGAUAUCCUGCAACACGAGAAGAUCUUGCUGCAGGCUCUUGGCUGGGACAUUUGUCCCUUGACUGUGACUGGUUGGUUGGGCGUCUAUAUGCAACUGAAUGUGAACAAUCGUACGCCUGCUUCGUUGACGCAAAUUGGCCAGCAGGCUGCGGCUGCGAAUGCGAAUGUGACAACGACGGGAGAAGCUGAUGAUGCCUUCAUCUAUCCACAGUUCUCGGGCUUUGAGUUUGUGCAAACAACGCAGCUGCUCGAUUUGUGCACCCUGGAUGUUGGCAUGGCCAACUAUCCGUACUCGGUAUUGGCCGCAGCUGCCAUUAGUCAUACAUUCGAUCGUGAGACCGCUCUGCGUUGCUCGGGACUUGAUUGGGAGACAGUGCAUCCAUGUGCACGCUGGAUGGAGCCCUUCUUCCACGUCAUCUCCAAGAAGGCGCCCUAUCUGCACAUGAAUGAACAGAACGAGCAGGUCACAAAUAAGUUUGGACUUGCGCACAUCUGCCCCAACAUUGUCACCGAUGAUUCGCACAUCAUUCAGACGCACACCACCACAAUGGAUAUGUAUGAUGAACUGCUGAUGGCACAAAACGCAUUGCAUGCGAUGCGCGCACGCACUCAGGCCUCGCCGGCGACGGCACUGCGCGCUCCGGAGAGUCUCCUAACGCCGCCAGCCUCUAGUCACAAGCCGGAUGAGUAUCUGGGUGAUGAGGAUGAGGUUGUGGCAGCCACAGUCACCGCUACCGCCACAGCGACGGCAACAGCAGCAGCCGCAGUCACAGCUGCGAGCAAAAGCAGCUCAAGCAGUAGUCGAGUGUCCAGUCACAAGCAGCAACAGUAGAGCAGGGAAGGAUGUAGCAGUCUAGUUUAGAUGGAGAUGAGCAAUUGCUCUAUCGCCGCCUUGUCACUGACUCUCUCUCUCUCUGUCUCUCCUGCAUGCUUGCUUUCUCAUACACACACACGCCCGCCCUAACAGUUUUAAACGCUAAGUGUUUCUAUUAAUAAUAAUAAUAUAAAUAUAUAUAUACAAAUAUUAUAAAUUAUUUAUGCUAAGUAAAAAGUUAUUAGUUUCCUAAUUCCACUGCUUAAACACUAUUUAAUUGAAAUUUACAUCUUCGCGCGCUAUAUUUGUUUUGUUUUUUUAGUUUGAAAUUUGCUCAAAACUCGCCGCACACUUUAGUUGUAUAACAAACAACAACAACGACAUUAACAACAAACAAACACAAACAGAAAAGGAAACAUAAAACAAUACCUAUUUAAAUAUGUGUAUUUAUAAAAACAAACCAACAAACAAAAUAUAAUUUUAAUAUCCACUAUAUAUAUAUAUAUAUAGAAAUAGUUAUUGCACAAAAUUGAAUUCAACAAAUACCAUUUAGAUUAAUUUUUUUUGCUACAGACCAACUUAAAGUUGGACAGUGUAUUUAUUAUAGACUCCAGACUCAAGCAGAAACCACACAAAUUGUUGGCAAAUUGAAUAUAUACAAAACACACAGACUUCGCUGUCAGUCGUCAGUACAAUCGGUUUAGACAUUAUCAUUCAUAGCGUGAGACAAAUACUAACAAACUAAUCUAUGUAUGAGCUAAAGCCAAGCACAAUUCACUUGACUAAUAAACUAAAAUUACUUGAUAAGUUGAGGACAAAUGCACAGAAACUAAAACGACUAAUGCUUAAUGCGGCAAAUUCAUCCACAUAUUUAUUUAUACAACAAAUUAACAAACUAACCAAUCAACAAACAGAACACAAAAACCCACAAUACAGACGAUAAGUCAACGCUGACAUGGAGAAGUAAUUAAGAGAUAUAUGUAUAUGAGUAAUGGCAAUUGAAUAUCUGAGAAAAAUGAAUAUGAAAUUAACAAAUACAAUACAAACAAUUAAUUAAUGUAACGCACAUGUAUUUGAAACAUUUUAUUGUAGACUAAUUUGCCAUAAUUUGCUAAGCAAAUAAAUUUGUAUAUAUAAAUAUAUAUAUAUAUCUAUAUAUGAGCACACACACACACACAACAUAUAAACAAACUGAAACGCAUAUAAUAUAUUAUUAUAUAAGUGUACAAUUUCUAUAUGUAUAUUUAACACAACAAAACCACAAAACAAAACAGAAAAAAAACACAAUAUAGUAAAAUUAUUCACUUAGCCUAAGCUAAAUUAAACAUUAA